AUAUGUACAAACACUAAAAAAAAACCCUCAAAAUUCAGAGAAUCAAGAAAUGGAUUCAGACUCUGUUCUUCCUCUCUCUGUUUCUUUCCAGCUUCCAGUUAUCGAUUUCUCCGAUCGAACCCUAAAACCAGGAACCUCAAAGUGGGUUAAAGUGAAGGAUGAUGUCCGUAAAGCUUUAGAAGACUAUGGCUGUUUCGAAGCUUCCUUUGACAGAGUGUCAAUGGAGCUUAAGAAGUCUGUUUUCGAAGCCAUGGAAGAUCUUUUCGAGUUGCCGGUUGAGACCAAAAAGAGAAACGUGUCGUCGAAACCCUUUCAUGGAUAUCUAAGUCAUAAUCUUUACCAGAGUUUGGGGAUCGAUGAUGCUAAUGUUUUGGAGAAAGUCAACGACUUUACUCAUCAGCUAUGGCCUGAUCAUGGAAGCAAGAGUAUUAGUGAGACGAUGCACGGGUUUACGGAGAAAUUAGUGGAAUUGGAUGUGAUGGUGAGAAGAAUGAUAAUGGAGAGUUUUGGGAUAGAGAAAUACAUUGAUGAACAUCUCAACACUACAAGUUAUCUUCUUCGAAUGAUGAAGUAUACAGCACCUCCUGAUGAUGAUGAUGAUGACGAUGUUGAAGAGACAAAGUUAGGUUUACGCUCUCAUACCGAUAAGAACAUCAUCACAAUACUUCAUCAGUAUCAAGUUGAUGGUUUGGAAAUUAUGACCAAAGACGAGAAAUGGAUCAAAGUGAAACCAUCUCAAGAUUCUUGCAUCGUUAUGGUUGGAGAUUCUCUUUGUGCACUUUUGAAUGGUCGAAUAUCUUCUCCAUAUCACCGAGUCCUGGUGAUGGAAAAGAAGACAAGGUAUUCAACUGCAUUGUUCUCGAUUCCAAAAUCAGGAGUUAUCAUAGAUUCACCAAAAGAACUUCUCGAUGAAGAACAUCCACGUGUAUUCAGACCCUUUGAAUAUAACGACUUCGUUCAUUUCUUUCACACAGAAGCUGGACGUAGAACUCAGUCUCCUCUCCAUGCUUUCUGUGCUCUCUGAAACAUUCAAGUUAUUCACAAUAAUAGUGAAUGUAAUGACUUUAUGUUUGAUGCUUUGUACCAAUCUAAAACCACUUCUAUGUUAAUAGGUUUCGCUUUUCAUUUCUUUUUUGUUAUUU